CGCACUGUCAAUUUGCGCUCAUCGAGCAAGUUUGUUUUCAAUCGUAAAAAUUUACAAAAUUUUCAAUUUUCGUUGCGAUUUCGUGAUUCAAAGUGAGAUUUUUGUGGGUGGUGGACUUCGAGCGCAGAUUCUUCACCUUUUGAUACCAUUUUCAAUCGGAACAAACGCAGAUUUGCAGAGCAACCAUCGCGAAGCAAACAACCCGGAAUGUCAUCGCUCGAGGAGCAGGACGAAGGCGGCGGGAGAACCCGCGAGACGACCCCGGAACCGGACGAAACUCUGCGCAUCAAGGAUGAACCGAUGGACGACGACGGUGAGGACGGUUCGCCGCCGCCGGCGUUUGGACCGGCCGCGCUCGGGUUGCACCCGGUGGGGGCGGCGUUCCCCACGAGGACCACCCCGCGCCAGGAACCGGUGCAGGUGCUGAACGCGCGCGGCAUGCCCGCCCGCAUUCGCAAAAAGAACAAGCUGUUUUUCGACGACGAGCUUCUGGUGAACGAUCGGAUUCCGCCGAAGGGGAGUCCCAAGAAGGGUGGGGGAUCGGUGCCGGCUUCGCCGCAGAAGGGGCUGGUGACGCCGGGGAAGACGCUGACGCGGUCGGGGCAGAAGCGGAAGACGCUUUCGCGGUACGUCAAGAUGAAGGACAGUUUGAAGAAGCGCAAGGAAGAUCCGGACGAGGAGGAGGGGGCGGUGCCGGCUGGGAGUGCGACCAAGGUCAUUAAUCCGAUUGCGCUGCUGGAUAAGAAAGCUAGUCAGCGGAUUGGGCUGCGGUUGCGCAAUCUGCUGAAGCUGCCGAAGGCGCACAAGUUUGUCAGUUACGAGUGGUUCUACAGCAACAUUGACCGGGCUCUGUUUGAGGGUGAGAACGACUUCCAACUCUGUAUGAGGGAGAUGUAUCCGGAUCUCAAGACGCGGCAUUUGACGCGGGCCGAGUGGAACCACAUCCGAAAGACGAUGGGGAAGCCGCGUCGCUGUUCGGUGGCCUUUUUCGCCGAGGAACGGCGCGAGUUGGAACGGAAACGGCAGAAGAUCCGGCUGCUGCAGACGAAACGUUCCGGCGAUGUGUCGUUCGUGCGUGACCUGCCGAAGGAGAUUCCACAACCGUUGUCCGUUGGGACGAAGGUGACCGCGAGGUUACGAGCUCCUCAGGACGGGCUGUUUACUGGGACGGUCGAGGCCAUCGACGUCAUCGCAAGCUCGUACCGGGUAAGCUUUGACCGGCCGGGACUUGGAUCUCACACGAUCCCGGACUUUGAAGUGGUCGCCAACGACACUCCGGAUAAGAUCGCGCUCAACUCCAUCACCAAGGACUUCCGGCCAAAGUACCAGAACGCAUCGUUCUACGUGGCCUCGCCCGCCGUCAAAAACCCAAUCACCGGAAUCAAGGGCGAUCCGCUGCUUGGCGGAGACAGCUACCCGAAGAUCUCCGGCGACAACAAGAUGCUCUUCCCCAAGGACAACAUCGGCGGCUUCCCGGUGAAGCUGCUCGAGCUGAUUGUCCGCACCAAGAAGACCCUCUCCGCCAAGCAGAUGAAGCUGCUCCGCCUCCAGAACAUGAACUCCGAGGCGGAAAUCUACAAAUCGUACGGCGAUCCCUUCCCGGAAGAAUUCCAAAAGCGCUACGCUUCCCUCGUCGUGGCCAUGGAGAAGCUCAACCGGGACAUCCUCGAGCAGCUCAACCAGCUCCAGUCCAGCACGCGAAACCUCACCCAGGACCCCUCCGUGAUGGCCAUGAUCGCCCCCAGCCAUCUCCGCGAACAGUGCCGCGAGCAGGCCGAGGAAACCUUCGACAAGAACAACAACGGCCAGCUCACCAACGACAGCAUGAUCAAACUGAUCAAGGAUCUCACCACGAUCAUGUACGUGGCGUCGAACCUCGGCACCGCCGACACCGAGCAAAGCCUCGAAGUUCUGCGCGGCUGCAUGGAGGAAACCAAGGGCCGGCUUGACUUUGACAACAUGGCCUCGUUCCAGCGGGGCGUGCACCAGCACAUGAAGCACAUCCAGGUCGGAUUUGCGGCGGCGGCCGCGUCAAGCAAGCCGGAACCGUCGUCGUCGUCGUCGAGUCAACCGAAGAAGAAGGUUGCUUCCGCCGGGAAUUAGCGUGCAUUUUUUUUGUGAUUUCUAAAAUCACUUUCUUUUGUAUUAUUUUUUUCUCGCUUUAGUUCGACUUAUUCUUAUAUACAAAUAAAAGCUUCUUAAACCGGAAAU